GUGCUCACCGGGGCGGUUCAUACAGGGCUGGGCGUGGGCUCCAACAGACUUGACUUCAUCCUCUCCGUCUUCGAAGCACAUUGUGCGCUAUGAUUUAGCCUCGCGUACAACAUUGAACGAAUGCUGUAAAAAUUGGGCUAAAAAGUAUGAGUUCUGGAAUAAUAACAUAUUUAUGUUGUCGAACACUGUUGUGAGACAUUCGUUGAGAAAACGGGCCUACCAUUUGUAUUUCUAUUCUUGGAACACUCAGAAGCUACUGAGUUGAAACAUUGUUUCCAGUAGACCAAGUCACGCUCCUGAUUAUUGGGUAGAGCUCUGCUUGUUCAGUGUGUGUGGGGAGCAGUGAGGAUGACUGAGUACAAGUUGGUGGUGGUGGGGGCUGGAGGUGUGGGGAAGAGUGCACUCACUAUCCAGCUCAUCCAGAACCACUUUGUGGAUGAAUACGACCCCACCAUAGAGGACUCAUACAGGAAGCAGGUGGUGAUUGAUGGGGAGACAUGUCUGCUGGACAUCCUGGACACUGCAGGUCAGGAGGAGUACAGCGCUAUGAGGGACCAGUACAUGAGGACAGGGGAGGGCUUCCUCUGUGUCUUCGCCAUCAACAACACCAAGUCCUUUGAGGACAUCCACCAGUACAGGGAACAGAUCAAGCGUGUGAAGGACUCUGACGACGUGCCCAUGGUCCUGGUGGGUAAUAAAUGUGACCUCCCAUCGCGUACCGUGGACACGCGGCAAGCACAGGAACUGGCCCGCAGCUACGGAAUUCCCUACAUCGAGACCUCUGCCAAGACACGACAGGGGGUGGAGGACGCCUUCUACACGCUAGUGAGAGAGAUCAGGCAGCACAAGCUGAGGAAGCUCAACCCUCCGGAUGAGAGUGGACAGGACUGCAUGAGCUGCCGCUGUGUGGUGUCGUGAUGGAGGUUACCAGUUCGGGGUGAGGAGUGGACCUAGUGGCAGAAUGGACUUAAAGAAUGAUGGUGGAGGAUGAAACAACAACUAACUUUGAAACGGAAGAGUACAGUCUAAGAAAAGCAGACACACCACCAGGCUGACUGUACCAUAGACAUUUGGGAGAGGGGGAUCUUGCCCCUGCCAGGCCAGGCUAGACUAGGCUGUCUGUCCCCUCUUUGAGUCCGCCUGCCAGAGCAACACCACUAAUGACUGUUUCUCACCAGUGUGAUCAUGCUGGGCAGCUCCAAUGAGUUCCUGCUAAGUUAUUGUUUUACAGUCUCAACACUGGUCUUAAAGGGAGGUGUCACCAAUCCAAUCCCUGGUGAGUCCCCUUCACCAACACCUCAAAACCCUGAUUUUACAUUUGACCCCCUGGAAAGACUGGACAGUAGUAGCCUAAAUCCCCAUCCCUAAUUUAACCUCCCCCCGCCUCCUUGUUCCUCUCUAGAGGGGCUCUGCAGUAACCUCAUUAUUACGGAUACAAGUAUGGGGAUGGAGCAUGACAAAAGACACGCCAGAUAGGAUUUCUUUUUUUUACGGUUAGUCUAGCUGUCAAACCUUUCUUUUUUUUACGGUUAGUCUAGCUGUCAAACCUUUUUUUUACGGUUAGUCUAGCUGUCAAACCUUUCUUUUUUUUAAAGACUUUUUUGUGAUCGAAGGUUUUGAAGGUGAUCAUACUCGGCACUGUAAAGUAAGCCAGGAUGUUUAUUUUGUGUGAUGGGUUGUUGCUAUUUUAAGACCUGUCACCGUGAGGAAGUCCUUAUUCGGGGCCCUUACGAGGGCAUGGCUGUGGAUCAGACCGAUGGAUGGACUCAUUUUCCCAGAGUGCCAUUGCCUUCCCCCACAGAAGUGUGUGUGCGCGCACUCGUCAGUGUGCUAAAGAGUUCCCUUUGUGGAGUAAUAUAGUACUAGAUAUUGUAGGUUCUGGUGCAAUAGGAAUGUUUACUGUCUUACUAGGUUUAAGAAUUGGGAAUAAACCAUCUCUCUCAUCCCUAUUUAUUAUUUGCUUGUAUUUCUUGGGUGGAGAAGGGAGGGGUACAUGAGUGAUGUUUUACUUGCUGUUGCCUUCAAGGUUUGGCUGAAUGAUAGUUUGAGGGAUGGGAGACUAACGUCAUUCCUUGGUCCAUGCAGUGCCAUUAUUUACCAUGGGAUGGUUAUGUAGUGAAAGAUUAUUCUUGCACAGCCUUUCAGGGAAGUGGAACAAAUACCCUUUGAGAUUGUGCUAUUUUAAAACACUGUUGGCAUCCAUUUCUUUCCUAUUCCUUUGCUUAGACAACAGUAUGUUGUUUAGUAUAGUUUUACAUUUCUAGAUUGCAAGUAUCGGUCCUCACUGUGUUUUUAAGGCUCAGGAAACGGGAAUGUCUAGAAAUGUCUCGCCUUUGUAUCUUAUGUUCCAGGAUGAAAUCUGUGAAAUUGAAAUUCUAAUGCACAAGACCUGCCUUAAAUGAAUGGUAAUAUGUGGGAUAAAACUGUUUUGGCCUCCUAAAAUAACCUUCUCUCUCAUUCUACUCGCUACUGCCUCCUCAGUUGGAUCUUUGGUUCCCUGAGAAGAUAAUUUAAUUCAAGCUGGUCAUGUACGAGCCAACUUCAUUUGCAAGAAAAGUCAGAGGAAAACGUUCUUCACUUUAGGGGUUCGCUUGUGAUAUUCCUCAAUUACAUUUGAAUCAUUUAGCAGACGCUCUUAUCCAGAUAUGUCUGGAUAUUGAAUGGUGUAGAUAGACCUACUACCUUUUGCGCUCUAUACAACACUAACCGCAGCAUAGGGCUGCCAAUACAAAUGAACACUGCUUGGUCCUGUUUAACUUGCCUUAUUAUUUGUUAGCUAGUACUUCAUGCCUUAGAGUAGUAAGUUUGCCUGAAGCAGGUGUUUCUGUGGUGGUCUGUCUGCUUUCCUCUGUGGAUAACUGUUGUGAAUCACUGGUGGUGAUUGGAGAUCUGCUCCUUCUGGGAUUUGUUUAUCUUUCCCUUGAUUAACAGACAUGAGGAAAAACGAACUCUGAAACAGUCCAACCAGAUGAGAUUCUGUACAGCAUGCCCUGUCUGAUUAGCUAAUGGUUUUUGUGUGUGUUAGUCCAAACUAAGUUUGCCAUAAUUAAACAAUCUUAAUUCAAUAAGUGUUCUUUUUACCUUCUAAGAGCCGCUGGCUUUUUAUUUCCCCCUCCUGUUUUUGAAGGUACUUACCCCCACAGUUCAGCCACAGUGACCCAUAUACUGUAGGACAUUGUGAUGCCUCAUUAGACUUCAGUCAAAGCCAACACCUUGACGUCUUGUCUAGAAGAUAGACCUUAACAUAAUCACUUUAUUCUGUCGCUAGAAAUGCUUAAUUUCACUGACUUUUUGCUGCUAUCAUACAUGUGAGUGGUGUUCCUUAGUAUACGUACAGUACGUGCUCUUGUAUGUGGUUUUCCAGGAGCUGCCCCCCUCCAACAAACACUCUUCUGAAUUACCCCAUCUUACCUGAACACAAUUACACCAGUUGGCAAUUACACCAGUAAGAGAUUUUUUGACCUGCUCCCUCCACCAUGAGGGCCCUUCAGUCAGACAAUACUCCCCAAGAUCAUCUCACCUUUCCUGGGUUGCUACCCUUCAUAUGUUGGACCCAGGGGAUGAAUGGGUCUGAAUAUGAAGAUACUGCACACAGGCUUGACCGUUACCUCUGACAACAGCCACUAUACCUCUUCUGGCUCUGUCUGGGUGGAACACCUCUACUGUGUUGUGUGGACCACAGAUUAUAUUCUGGAGCUCUGAGGGAUUCAGGGAUGAUGUUGGUCUUCUGUGUGUUUUAUUCUCAAUUUAUUGUUGAUGAUUUUGGGGUCUUAACUGUGAAAAAGUGUGUUUUUAACAGAAAAUAUUAUUUGUGUUGUAUUAGUAUAGGGCACUCCAUAACCAUAAAGUAAAGAUACUCUGUACCUUGAAAAAUAAAUAGCCCAUCUUAAACAAAUGUAGGUCUUUGUCCCCAUAAUGAUCUACUGUGUAAUGUUAAACAAAUCAGACCUGCUAUGUAACUUGUUUAUCAAGUAGACCUCUGGUGUUAGAUGUGAACUGUACAGUUGUCUGAACUAUAGUUGGCUGUUAUAUUCUACAUCUCACACAAUGUCCCUUGUCUGUCUAUACUCUGUGCUUUGACUGACUGCCAGUUAUGAGCACACAUCUAAAGGUAAAUGUUUAGAAAUUGGACAUCAGUUGUCAUUGAGGAAUACAAGGCCAGCAGGCCAUGUCUGAAGGGAGGGGAGACUUUUUGGGGGUCAAAAACAUGGGGAAAACCCCCCAGUGUCCAAGGACUGAAACCAAAAAGGGCUUGCUUCUCCCUUGUAAAACUGUAGUGUGAACAUGUGAGAGAGGAUGUGGGAUUGGAAGUUUGAUUGUGAAAAUAAACUAUUUAAGAUGUAUUUACUCUAACAAAAUGGCAAAUGUGCAGCAGGGCAGGAAUAAAGGUGUCAAGAUGAACUUA